CUGUGAGGUGGGAAAGCGGGUUUCCCACAUUUGGUACUGGGAAAGUAGAAAGCUGUCUAAGGAAGGACAUCGUCGGAAAACUGCUUUUCACGCACAUUCCUUUCGCUAACAUCCGUUCCAGACGGUUCAACAAAGUAUUUCACGGAUUCAGUAUUCAGUUGGUUUAAGAUGGACCGUUGUGAGCAACAUGGACAAGCGAUACCACUGCGUCGCCUCAACACACGUGAAGAAAACCGGAGGCGACAACAUAUGCGACUUAUCUUUGAUAAGUACGAUACGGAUUCCGAUGGGUAUCUGAACGUAACCGAGAUGAAGCGCCUUAUAAAAGACAGAAAGUGCCCCGAUAUGCCAAAGGAUUUGGCGAUUCAUCUGCUAAAAGCGUCCGACACAAACAAUGAUGGGCGUUUGGAUUUUGCCGAAUUUUACAAGCUCAGCACAGAGCAUCCGAUCUUUCUGUUCGAAAUGUACCUCAAGUAUUGUAAAGCGGUAGUGCCCAAACGAAACGUGGCUGAAGAAGGGGACGUAAUAGAUGGCGAAUACGAACAAAGUAUGAAACUAUGGCCUCCGCCGCUAAUGAUGAUAAUUUUUUCCAUAUUGGAGGUAAUCUUCUUCGUCAUCGAUAUCGUAAAAACGCAAGAUCAUAAUGGCACUAGUACUAAUGGCCCGAUGGCGACCUUGUUUAUCUACAAUCCACACCUCAGACACGAGGCGUGGCGUUUCUUAACGUACAUGUUUGUGCAUAUCGGAUUCAUGCAUCUCGUAAUGAACUUGCUGGUGCAAAUCUUGCUAGGCGUUGCGCUAGAAUUGGUACACUGCUGGUGGCGUGUGGCACUGGUAUAUCUCGCAGGGGUCAUUGCUGGUUCCAUGGGUACCUCGAUAUUCACACCACGCGUGUUUCUCGCUGGGGCUUCCGGUGGCGUUUACGCGCUUAUCACGGCUCACAUUUCAACAAUUAUUAUGAACUGGAAACAAAUGGAAUAUGCCAUCGUUCAGCUAUUUGUGUUUUUGGUGUUUUGUGUUACCGAUUUGGGUGUCUCCAUAUACAACAGUAUUAACGAUCCGUUUGAUAAGGUGGGCUACAUUGCCCACGCCAGUGGCGCCGUAGCAGGGUUUCUUGUUGGAAUAGGAGUACUGCGCAAUCUUAAAGUAGAAUCCUGGGAGCGUAAGCUGUGGUGGUGUGCAGUAACGGUUUACUUCCUACUGAUGAUCGCCGGCAUCAUGUACCACUUUUUGGAUCCUUCCCACUUUUACUAGGCAGAUGAGAGAUCCUGCCCCAUGCUGCCAAUUAAUGUUUAUAAGCUUACAUUUCCAUUUAUGCUGCAGGUGAGUGUUGUGAUUGGCAGCGAAAAACACGUUAAAAAGCAUUGUACAAAGUGCAAGCAUUGCUCAUAAUACUGCUUAGGUGCCUUAGCUUUAGUGCCUAAAAAGCGAAACGAACGGAUCAUUUCGAAAAAAUUAAAAAAGACAAUCGUGCCUUUAUUCCUUUUUUGUUGGCUAGAAUUAUAAAGAGUUU